GUGACGCAUAAACUCGCCCUUCUUUACGUGCGCGUUCUCGAGUGAGCUCCGAGUCCGAACAAAUAGAGGACGACUAGGUUCCUCUGAAGGCUUUCUCCAUUUUCUUUUUUCAUCUCGAACAGGCCCAAAAUUUUCCUUUUAGAUUUUAAUAACUCCUCAGCAUGGAAAAGAAGCUCUUUGGCGCUGUUUUGGUCAUUUGUAUCGGCUGGUUUCAAGCCGAAGCUAUGACAGCGGGCUUCAUAAAAUCGCCUUUGUCUCAGAUGAAACUCAUUGAAGACAAUGCAGAGCUGGAUUGCGAGGUCAUAGGGAAUCCCAUCCCUGAAGUUCAGUGGUGGUUUAUUGAGGGCGAGGAGCCAGAUGAAAUCAUCACUCAGCUGUUUGAUGGUGCAAGAGAGGAUCGCGUUCACAUCAACGCCACCUAUAUUGACCACGCCACCAGCUCGCUCAUCCUCACCAACCUAACGUUCAACGACACAGGCGUUUAUGAGUGCCGUGCCUCAAACGACCCCGACCGCAACGACCUCAGGACCCCGCCAAAAGUCAAGUGGAUUCGCUCACAAGCGAACGUUAUAGUGUUUGAACGUGCAACCAUCAUGACUAGUCCCGAGGUGAACAAUGCGACCUCGGCAACUCUGAGCUGCAACCUGACCAACCCUUCUUCUCCAAUCAAAGGCCACUAUUGGGUCAAGAAUGGAAAGAAAAUCGAAGAAUCGUAUUCGACAAAUACAGACUCCUAUGCUGAACACUUCAUUGAAAAAGCUGAUUAUCAUCAUUCCGGAAUAUAUACCUGUGUCUUCCUAACAGAACCUCAGGCCAAUGCCACAAUUGAAGUUAAAGCUUUGCCGCACAUAAAAGCUUCCAAAAGCUCAGAGAACGCUAAUGAGAAAGACAAGGCUGUGCUGAGCUGUGGAAGUCAAGGAUACCCAUCCCCUACUGACUGGAGCUGGUUCAAGCUUCCUGAUGCAGGAGAACGGACCCCCAUCUUUAAUGGCACUGAUGAUAAGUAUGAGAUCAAGAGCACCCCCAACAAGACCACACUGUAUGUCAAAGACCUGGACAUCAACGAGGACAUGGGCUUCUACCAGUGUCAAGGCACCAGUGAGGUUGGCACUGGUACAGACGACAUCCAGCUGCGUGUGCGGAGUCAGCUGGCCGCUCUCUGGCCUUUCCUCGGGAUCGUGGCUGAGGUCAUCAUCCUCAUCACCAUCAUCUUCGUCUACGAGAAGAGAAGAAAGCCUGAUGAGAUCAAUGACGAUGAUGACUCAGGAUCUGCUCCCCUGAAGAGCAACUCCGCUACAAACCACAAAGACAAAAAUGUCCGGCAAAGAAACUCCAACUGAGGAAGGAGAAAGGGUGUUUUCAUGACUGCUGUUGAAGAUAUAAAGAUCGUUGAGUUUGAGUAGCACAAUAUAGUGCGCCCGGCAACUUCACCCUCUGCUUGAGUGUAAAUGUCUUGAUGAUGAUAAUAACUGGUCUCCUUUUACUUUUAUUCCUAUCCAUACUGUGCUGCAAGCAGACCUUUUAAACGUGGGUUUAGGGAGGGUGGGGAGGGAAGUACUGCAUGAUUGUAUUGCUGUAGAAGUGUGUGUUUAGUGGAAAUCUCUUAAUGUGGGAAUAAACUGUUUCUCUUUAUUUGAUUUUUAUUUUUGUCUUCCUGGCUUUUUCACUGUUCUUCAAGUGUUCACAAAUACAACAGUUCUGAUUCUUUGGCAGCAGUCAAAGCUUAGCUUCCUUGUUAUUUUUCUGUACGCCUUAAUGUUUAGCCACUUUAUUGUACAUGCUGUUUUUAAUAACAUACAAAUAAUUUAAGCUAACUUUUAUGUGCAGUACAGCGUAUUAAAGUGCUCUAUUCCACGUGGAUGGUCAAAUGCCACUGUUUUUUUGUCUAGCUAACAGUUUGCCAUUGAAUAAUAAUAAAACAAGCAUAUUUUCAGGCUUCCUGUGUUAACCUUUAGGACCAAGUGUUAGUACGCUGUGCCAUUUUGCUCCUUGCGUAAUCAGUUACAAGUUCUUUUGCAGAAUCUAACAUGGAGGACAAUGACAUGGUUGUGUGUGGAAUUUUAGUGAAUGCUUGUUGCUUAAAUGAUUCUCCUAUAGACAGUCAUACUUUUGCAUUGUGAAGUAUAGUGUCUGGAUGUGUGCCAUUUGCAAGUUAAGAGAUAAUUGUAAGACCUUGUUUAAAUUAUUUUUGCCUUAGCGUCAUAGGACAUCUAAUACACUGUCGACAUGUACUGACUUGCACAAUCUUAAAUAAACUAUUUGAUUUUGA